GAUUGGCGAAUGGAAAAGAUCGGCUUUGCGAAAUGGCACACACGUUGUGAGUCAGGACUAAACGUUUUAUCUAUUCUCUGUUAACGGACAUCACGAAUUCUUUGAUUUUGAAUGUAUCUCGGUGCAACGAACUCGUCUGCCGGCGGCUGAAAUCUCUCUAGAAUACGGUUGUGUUCGUUUGUUAAUUCCACUGUGACAGACACGUGAAAUUUUUGUUGCUACGCGGUCGAGUCGACGAAGUAGCUGGAUCAGAUACGCGGUAAAAAUAAAUGUGCCCGAGAAAAAACGCAAAAGAACAAUCGCCGUAAUAAUCGCCGUGCAUUUUUCGGAUGUGAUCUGGCGUGGUGCACGUGCAUCGUCCAAUCGUUGCCGAAGGAACCGUUAGAAGUUUCCGUUGUGUGCGCAUUUGAACGAUCUAGUACACAUUUGUCAUCUACGUGCGGAGAACCACUCCCGAUUGCUGUUACGGUGUUUCCGUGAUACUCGUAACCAAGUGAAGAAAGAGUAUCAGUAUGGCUGUUAAUGUUUAUGCGACGAAUGUGACAACUGAAAACCUUAGUCGACAUGAUAUGUUGGCAUGGGUAAAUGACUGUCUGCAAUCAUCAUUUACCAAGAUUGAAGAAUUAUGUACAGGAGCUGUUUAUUGCCAAUUCAUGGAUAUGCUCUUCCCUGGAAGUGUGCCAUUGAAGAGGGUCAAGUUCAAGACUAACCUCGAACAUGAAUACAUACAGAAUUUCAAAAUUUUGCAGGGUGGUUUCAAAAAAAUGAAUGUAGACAAAAUUGUUCCAAUUGAUAAACUGGUGAAAGGCAGGUUCCAAGACAAUUUUGAAUUCUUACAAUGGUUCAAGAAAUUUUUUGAUGCAAACUACUCCAGAACAGAGCCAUACGAUGCACUUGCUAUGCGAGGAGGAGAAGCCAUGGGUAGUGGUGGAAAUAAUGCACCGCAUGGCACUAAUGCAAAACGCACUACACCACGUGAUGUAAAUUCGACUAAACCGGCUGCUCGUAUUGCUGUGAGAAAAAAAAAUUUCGCUUCAAAUGAGGGACCUUCGCCUCCUGCACCUGCAGAUAACACCAAGCCUAUUAAUAAAGCUCCGGCCCAUCGUCCCCAAGCGAAAACAGGAGUGGGAAAUCGUGGCGAUUCCGGGAAAGUUGAAGAACUUAGUGCACAGUUAAUGGAAUUAAAAAUGUCAUUGGAAGGACUAGAGAAGGAAAGAGAUUUCUAUUUCGGAAAGUUACGUGAUAUUGAAGUUAUGUGCCAAGAUUGUGAUAACGGAGAUCCUCCUCCAAUAGUACAGAAAAUCUUAGAAGUUCUUUAUGCAACAGAGGAAGGAUUUGCACCGCCAGAAGAAUUGGAGGGAGACGGUCUCGCGCCCGACGACGAAGAAGAAUAUUAACUUCACUCUUUUUGUAUAAUCAUUAUAAAAAAAAAGUAUGGCAGCAAAUUGUCCAAGUGCGUUUCAGUUUAUUAUAUAUUUGUGAGCCAGUAUCAGUACCCUUCGCAUAAUUGAUAAGCUACUUUGUAUAGCUGUUUCAGCAUUUUCGCCUCUUCAUUUUUUCGUUACGGACCGUUUUCACCGAAAGAGAAUUUCAUUAAAAGAUUCGCACGUAUAAUUAGGGUAGAGAAGUACAUUGAAUAAAUGCACUUGAAUAACUUGUACUUUACGGAUGUAAUAAUAAUUAAGGACGAGAGAAAAAGAAAAAAAAACACAGAAAACAGAAUUAGCAGUUCAUAUAUUGUCAUAGUUCUUUAUCGUAAUUAAACUAACGGUAGAGCUUUGAACAUCGACAUCGUCUUAUAAUACGAAACAAAAGAGAAAGCAAAAGAUAUUUUUGGAUACAGAUACUCGACGACUAUCUGAAUCCACUUUGUUAUACAGUAAUUUUACGUUAAUUAUGUUCAAUAAGUGUGAGUGUUUUUGUUUGUAAAUGCACUACUGUUUUUAUUGAUAAAUAGAUGAAGUCUCGUCGAUUUGUCUUUUUCGUACAUUGUUGUAGUUGUCCAAAAAGAAGAAAAAAAGAAAAAAGAACUGUAGAUUAUAUGAGCGCAUAAUCUAUAUAGCGUACACUGUUUCAAACCUGUUUCAUCCAUUUAUCUUGUGCAAAGCGUGUGGCACAAUCGAUUCUUUGUUAACGAUUGAAAUCGUUUAAUUUUCAUCGAUCAUAGAUGUGAAACUGACACUUGAAAUGCAUUGAAUUAAAUUUCCCAUAGUUUUACAUAGACCUUCCGGUUUCUUGCUUUCUUUUUCUAUUUUCUUACAAUAUCCGACUCAGCCGCAGAUCGUAGUUUAUACUUUCGUCGUAUAACUGUACAAUUCGUAGACGCGGUUGCGAUCUAAUGUUAAAAAAAAGAAGCAAAAAAAAAAAAAAAAAACGAAAAAAGAACCGAGCGAAAUAUAAAUCAAUAUGUAUAUCUCGAGGAAUACGAUUACGACUGAAAAAUUAUAACGACGAUAUUUUAAUUCACUUCUUGUUCUUUUUCACCUAAUUGAAAUUCUGGGGAUGCGAACGGUCGUUCGAUUUGGAAAUUGGAUUUCGGACGCCUGGUUUUGCAGAGAUGUUUAUUUCACGCGAGUACGACGACGAUCGCCUUCGCAGCCCCACGAUCCGUCUUUCAAAACGAGAAUGGCCUUAAAAAGCAGCGAUAAACUUGAGAUUACAGAGUGAAUAUUCGAACUGCUAGAGAGCAAAUGCAAAGUGUAUCUCCGAGCAGUACGACAUAAUUGAUAAACCAGUUACGUUGCAGGCACGAAGGAACGCUCAGCUUUUGAAAAGAGAGAUAAACAAUGAAACGAAUAAAAUGCAAAAAAAAAAAGAAAAGAAAAAAACAGCUGACGAGGGGAAUUUGUAAAAUUGUAUGGUCGGAAAUAGAGUGAGUGAGGAAUAAUGAAUGAAAGGAAGAAUCAAGCACGUCGAGGAAAAAUUAUGUGAAUAAUUUGUUACGUGCACGGUAUGGCUGGGUGAGAUACGUGUGUCCUUUUUCGAAGUCAUCGGAUUCAAAAUUCAUCGCACAGAAACGACGAAAUUGUGUAAAUUCGACGUAUUUUAUGUUUCUUUUGAACAGAGUUAAUCGGAUAUAAAAAUCUGAAGGUACGCGUCGAUUAUUGUUAUCAUCGUUCUGAUUAACAUAAUAAUCGUUAACUCGCGUUAACGACUAUCAAAAUGAAAAAAAGACGAGAGAUAUAUGACGCACUUUAACUUGCGCUACGUUCAUUGCUCUAUGUGUGCGUACACAACGAACUAUCGCGAGAAUGUGCUUCAAAAUUUUGAAAUUUUAAUGGUGAAGUAAUAAAUAUUAAAUAGGAUUCAACAUUGCAUGGUUUUUUUUUUUUUUGUUUAUUUUAAACUUUGAGCAUGACGACUGAAAUUUCCAAAUAUUAAGAUUUCAUGCUUUUUCUUGAGGCAAACGCCCUCCGUGAAAUGCCUUUCUAAAAAUAUUUUCACAUCACGCAUAUUGAGAACUUAUUUGGGUCAAUUCGCGAUGUUUCAAAUUCAACAUUGUCGUAAUUGUUGUUGUAAUAUAUAGAUCUAAGUGUUUUUAAUUUAUUGCAGUUAAUUAUGCUGCCUUUGUUACUAUUUCGAUUGAACGUUUGUCAACUUUUGUUUUUAUAAGUCUGAUUUGAGCAAUAACAAUGUGCAUACCAUAUGAAAUUCGAGAGUACCAGGAGUAUUUUAUAACGUGUAAAGAAAGUAUGAACAAAAUGACGAGAAACGAGUUCUUUUUCUUAAUUCACUCAUUGUGGAAAAAUAAAUCGAUGUGUAAUUUAUAUAUGUACAAAUUUUGCUAGCCGAACUGCAAUUGCAACGACUGUUUCAGUUAUGCUAAUAAAUAAAACGGAAAUACAUUAAUUAUUUUUCUCUCUUAGUUA